UGCGACACAUACAGCAAUGGCGAGCGGUAAAAAGAGUUCACUACUGUCCUCUUUGGCAGACUAUGGAGACGAUUCAGAACCUGACUCGGAACCGGAACCAGAAGAAAUAGCAGGGGGACGUGGAGGAGGUCUGGUGUACAGCUAUGGUGAGGAUGACCUGAACCGAGCUGAGGACCCAGAUGAAAAGGUGUCUGGAGAUGAAGACAGCAGAGAGAGCAACUCGGAAAUGGAAGAAUCUGACGAGGGGAGGGACGCAGAUGAUGUUGAGAUCUCAGAAGCAGAAAGAAAGGACCCUAAUGAGCUUGUUGCUCUGUUCUCAGAGAAGGUGAGGAACAUGUCACCUGAUGAGAUCAGGAUCCCCCCAGAGCCUCCCGGACGCUGCUCGAGCCAACUCCAGGAGAAGAUCCACAAGCUGUACGAGAGAAAGCUCCAUGGAGACUUUGACACAAACAGCCACAUCCAGAAAAAGAAAGAAUUUAGAAACCCAAGUAUUUACGAGAAGCUCAUUCAGUUCUGUGGGAUAGAUGAACUGGGAACUAACUACCCGAAAGAUAUGUUUGAUCCUCAUGGCUGGUCAGAAGACUCUUACUACGAAGCUCUAGCCAAAGCCCAGAAAGUGGAGAUGGACAAACUGGAGAAAGCCAAGAAGGAGCGGACCAAGAUUGAGUUUGUCACGGGGACUAAGAAGGGCACCAACCCCUCCAGCACGGCAGCGUCCACCACCAGCAACACCACCACCACCACAGCCACAGCAGAGGCCCAGAAGAGGAAAAGCAAGUGGGACUCCGCCAUCCCCGUGACCCUGGCCCAGCCCACCCUCAUCACGACCACCGCGACCUUGCCUGCCGUCGUCUCCGUAACAACCACUGCCAGCGGCACCAAAACCACCGUCAUCUCUGCAGUAGGCACCAUCCUGAAGAAAGCCAAGCAGUGAACGCGACGAACGGGCAGAAACAGGUUUGCGUAGAAGAGCGAGCGAUACAAACAGUGACUGGCGUACAGCUGCAGGACCCGUGUUGUCCUGCACUCAUCAUAUAUGUGAAAAGAGGCAAAGCGAGGACGAACUGAUGGAACUGAUGGACACUUAGUUUACUAUUUUUAGAACCAACCUACAAAUGCUCUCUGCUACAAAUGGACUAAGACUUACCUGCCUUCUGUCUCUGGGAGCGUAUCUGCACCAUCACAUCAUAAAAGCCAAAUUCACAGUUUGGUGAAAAUGCUCAAAGACCCUCUGAAAAUCUGAGAGUGUGAUGCAUGCGGAUCUCAUGCUGAUGAAACGUGUCGGUUAUCCUUUUUUUUUUUUUAAUAUAUAUAUAUGUUGGCAACAGUUGUUAGUUUAAAGACAAUAUGAACAUGACAGUGGCUGAAUAAGUGAAAAGGUCCCAAACAGACCUGGUAGAACUAUCUGAAAAAAAAAAAAAGUUUAUUUUUAUGUCCAUGGUUCUGGUGCAGUAUUUACAUGCCACCUUUAGCAUUUACAUGUAAUAGCUCAACAUGUGCAACGCAUUUUUUUUUCUUCAUAAUCUCUUGACUCAGAAGUACGAUUUUUUUUUUACACUUGUGUAUAUAUAUGUAUUGAUGAUAAGGUGAAUAAACUGAUCAGAUGUUGCCUUU